AUGGGCAGUGGCCUUGGGACCAACACCAGCACGGGCUCCGGCUCCACGUCUCAUACCAGUUCGUGGAGACAUUCACACAAGAAACAGGCGAAGUCACUGCGACCGGUCGAGCUGAUGAAGAGACCGAUUUCCCGCGACCUACAAGCGAUCCCUAAGCUGAUUCACCAAAGCUGGUCCUCGACAGAGCUCCCUGCGAAAUUCGAGCGGUGGAGCGCCACGUGCAGGCAGCAGCACCCUGACUGGGAAUGGGUGCUGUGGACAGAUGAAGACAAUGAAGAGCUGGUCAGGACGCACUUUCCAUGGUUGCUCAAGACAUAUCUCGGACUGCCGGGGGUGAUAUAUCGUGCAGACUUGGUGCGGAACCUAUACAUGUACAUGUUUGGCGGCGUCUACGCCGAUUUGGACGUCGAAUGUUUACGACCUCAGGAUCAAAUGUUUGCGGAGUUCAAUGUGUCCACCAUCACUCAUGGAAAACCCAAGUCACAGGCACCAAAUCUGCCGAAAAGUGGCCGAAAGGCGUUCUUUGGACGCAUGGGCACAGACACAGGCUCCUCAAACUCGAUUCCCAAUGCAUGGAUGGCGUCCACUCCGGGUCACCCCUUCUUCCUCAUCGUGUUGGAGUCUGUCAUGAAACAGAUGAGCGAGGGUGAUACUGACUCGGUUGAGGGUGCCACCGGGCCUGGAAAACUCUACGACAUGAUCAACGAGUACAACGAACCCGAAGGUAAAUGGGUUGGAGAAGCCCUCGACAAGCAUGUGGCUAAGAACCCGACCGCCAAACAAUUCAACCCACGCAAAGGCCUGAAACACUCUGUUGAAGUGCUACCGUUUCAGUACAUCUAUCCUUAUUCUUGGGAGCGCGACGGCGAGGCGUUUCGGGAGAUCUGCUGGGCAACAAAGAACGACUUUAGUGCCGAGAGGUGUAAACAAUUACUGGCAACGGACCAUUGGCCAAGUUAUACGAUUACCUACUGGAGUCAUACUUGGACGAGCGGUGGUCAUGAUGAAGGAAAUGUCCAGAAACUUGACCAGGAUCAGUAG